GAGCAGCAAUUUUUUGUGGCUCUGCUCAUGCACCUCAAGUACCUUGGGGGAAAACGAAACAAUGUCAAUCGUACGGACGUCAUGAAACCCGGACAGACACGUCGAUGAGUUUGGGCAGCCGCCAGACGAUGAUGCUGCUGCUGCUGCGGCUGCUGCUGCUACGCGCCGCCGAGGCCAAAGCCGAGGCCAAAGCCGAGGCCCGGUCGAAGCCCGCGUUUCGUCGGGGCGGCCCCACGGCGGCGAUCGACCGCGGGAUGCUGGCGACGAGGCCUGCACAAAAUGUGUCGGCAGCCACGGCGGCGAUCGACCGCUGGUUCCAGAUCCACCAGAACAACGAGAGCUACGCGCCCAAAGCCUGGACCGUCGCCAAGCCCGACGACGUGCCGCGGCCGUGGCACGAGAUCGGUGCGUCGAGCAAGUCCAAGACCGUGUAUCGAGCCACCGUGAAUGGUAAAUCGGUGAUAGUGAAGGGCCGGAAGAUGCGAAAGGAUGGAUGGACGGGCGACGCGAGACACGACCAGGGGGGCGGCGUGCUGUACCUGGAGAUGGUGUACCUCGAGGCGCUCCGCGGCCGACCGGGCAUCCCCGAGCUGCUGGGCGCGUGGUGGGACGGGCCGCACGUCGUGCUCGUCGUCGCGGACGGCGGCGAGGCCAUUGGCGAGGGGCCCUCGGGCGUCGGCACGGCCCCGAACGUCAUGACGGCUGCCUUCGACGCGCGCGCGCGAAACCAGCCGCUGGCGCUGGCGAGGUCCAUCCUGGAGUGCUUCGGCUCUUGGGCUUUGGAUUUCUUGCAGGACGACCUCAAAGCCCAACAGUUCACGAUGGAUGCACAUGGCACGGUCUUCAUGGUCGACGGCCCGAAGGUCGCGCCGGACCGGCCCCUCGGGCGGGCCAUCCAUGAAGCUUGGGGCAAGAAGGUUGAUCACGGCUCGAAGGGUGACCACGGCGCCCUGGACGGGGCGAAGCAUAAAUGUAAGAGGGACGCGGACUGCCCCUUCACGAAGGAGAGCCAUUCAUGCCGCGGCGCCGGCACGUGCGCGCCCGGGACGCGCGGCGCGCCGGAGGCGCGCGGGAAGUGCCACAACACGCAUUACCAGCAGGGCCCGCAGCACUCGCAGCACCACCACCUCCACCACUGCGUGCCGCUCUCGGAGAAGACGCACGUCUACGACGUCGCCAAUCGACCUUGGUUGUUGCCUUACAUAGCGGCCAAGGCCGCGGACCCGGCCGCGGGGGAGUUCCUGCGGAGCUUGAUUCGCCUCGCGGGGCGCGGCCGGCCGGACGACCGACCGUCCUUCCGGGAGCUCGUGGACCGCAUCGACGCGUUCGUGAAGGCGCCCGUGCCGUUCAAGCUGGGCCCGAAGGCGUGCUUGUACGAGUCGGAGGUGAUUCAGAGCAACAAGCGGCGCCGCAAGGCCUUCUGGGACUACGCGUCGGUGUCCUUCACGGACCUCGGCCACGCCGGCGGCGUCCUCGUGGACGGCGUGGUCCAGCGGCUCUGCGACGACCGGGGCCUGGCGUGCUGGCAGUCCCAGGUCGACGGCCACGGCAAGGACGUGCCCGUACCCGCGCACCUCGGCGAAGAGGUCGUGGAUCGCACGAAGAACAAGUACGGGCCGCUCACGGCAGAGGACGCGGAGGACUCCGGGUCCCUCGAUAUUCUGGAUGGCGAAUUUCCCUUCAACGUCACGCGCGUGCACCAGGCGUUGCCGCCGAAGGUCUUCGCGUUCACGGUCGUCGAGGACGCGUGGCGCGUCGUGGAGUCCUUGUACGUCGACGGCGGCCGCGCGGACGACCCCGACGCGUUCGUCAACGCGUCGUUCCCGCACGGCGUCCAGCGCCACGUGCAGCGGCUCGCCGGGCUGCAGUUCGUCCCCGGCUCCGCGAUCACGCGGAGCCAGUGCGACCGCGCGCUCCGCAACCUCGACGAGUUCGAUUUAAUCGUAGACGCUGCGUCCCUGGCGACGGGCGGCCUGCGCGACCUCGCGGCGGUGUUGCACGGCCUCUACGACGUCGAGGCGCCGCGAGUCGCCACCGUGAAGCCCGUCGGCGACCUGGCCGUGGCGCCAUCACUACGAGCGCGCGUCCUCGAGGACAGCUGGUGCCACGCCGAGGUCUACGCCGCCGCCCGGUCGAAGCCCGCGUUUCGUCAGGGCGGCUUCUUCCGGGCGCGCGGGACAUUGGCGACGUGGCCUGCACAAAAUGUGUCGGCCCCCACGGCGGCGAUCGACCGUUUCUUCCGGGCGCGCGAGACGCCGGCGCCGUGGAGGAUACAAAAUGUGUCGGCCCCGUGGAAACAAAUAGGCCACGCUUCGAAGGCCAAGGUCGUCUACCGCGCGCGCGUCGACGGAAGGCCCGUAAUCGUCAAGCAGAACCGCAAGUCCGGCGACGGCGGCGGUACGACGUUGUACAUGGAAUUGGUAUAUCUCGAGUCCCUGCGCGGGCGGCCGGGCGUCCCCGAGCUCCUCGGGGCGUGGUGGGAGGCGUCGCGGCUCACGUACGCCACCGUCGACGGCGGCGAGCCCAUUUCUGCCGAAGUGCCGCCUUUACGAACCGGCGCCCGGAGGUUCGCGACAUGGGCCCAGAAGCGCCCGCUCCGACUGGCGCGGUCGCUGCUCGCCUGCUUUUGGAGCUGGGCGUCGGCCGGCUGGUUCCUCGACGACUUCAAGGACCACCAGUUCACGCUUACCGACGACGGUGACGUGUACCUGGUGGACGGGCCGCGGGCCCUGGCCACGUCGCCCGUCGCCCGGGCCGCGGUUCGUGAAUGGUCGAAGGUCUCGCAGCUGCAGGCCGACUCCGUGGUAAAGUGUGCUCGGGACGCCGACUGCCCGCGCACGCACUACUCGCACUCGUGCAGCGACCCGGACCACGCAUGCGAGCCCGGGGCGCGCGCCGCGCCGGAGGCGGGGGGGAAAUGCCUCGCCGGUACGUGCAUGCGGCUGUCCGAGAAGACGCACGUCUUCGACGUGGCGAACCGCCCGUGGCUCCUGCCCGGCAUCGCGGCCAGGGCCGAGGAUCCGGCCGCGGGGGACUUUUUGCGGAGCUUGAUACGCCUCGCGAACCAAACGCUGCCCGAGGACCGCCCGUCCUUCGCUGAGCUCCUGGACCGCCUCGACCAGUUCGAGAAGUCGCAUCGACGGCGGGCGUGAUAUUGUGGUAAUUUUUGUGAACUGAUAAA